UAACAGGGUUCUUGUGGCAAUCAUAUGAUCAUCACCUUUGCCUUAACCUUUGGCCACUGUCUCUCGCCACGAUGAGCACCCACCCUGCCUCCUUUCCCUUUGGCCCUGAACGUCGAGUCCGGAGCACGUUGAAGAAAGUCUUUGGGUUUGAUUCUUUUAAGACGCCGUUACAGGAGAGUGCGAUCAUGGCUGUAGUGAAAGGGGACAAGGAUGUCUUUGUGUGCAUGCCCACAGGGGCAGGAAAAUCCCUCUGCUAUCAGCUCCCUGCCUUGUUGGCCAAAGGCAUCACCAUCGUUGUUUCUCCUCUCAUUGCUCUGAUUCAGGACCAAGUGGACCACUUGCUGGCCCUGAAGAUCCAUGUGGCCUCCCUGAACUCGAAGCUCUCAGCGCAGGAGAGGAAGGAGCUGCUCUCUGACCUGGAGCGAGAAAAGCCCCAGACCCAACUUCUGUACAUCACCCCCGAGAUGGCCGCCUCCACCUCCUUCCAGCCCACCCUCAACUCCCUGGUGUCCCGCCACCUGCUCUCCUACCUGGUAGUGGAUGAAGCGCACUGUGUUUCCCAGUGGGGGCACGACUUCCGUCCUGACUACUUGCGUCUGGGCGCCCUGCGCUCCCGCCUGUCACAUGCCCCAUGUGUGGCUCUGACGGCCACAGCCACCCCGCAGGUCCAGAAGGAUGUGUUUACCUCCCUGCACCUGAAGCCACCAGUGGCCACCUUUAAGACCCCCUGCUUCCGGGCCAACCUCUUCUACGAUGUGCAGUUCAAGGAGCUGCUUCCUGAUCCUUAUGGGAACCUGAGGGACUUCUGCCUUAAGGCUCUUGGGGAGGAGGCUGAUAAAGGGUUUUCAGGCUGCGGCAUUGUGUACUGCAGAACCAGAGAGGCUUGUGAACAGUUGGCGAUAGAGCUCAGCUACCGUGGUGUGAGUGCCAAGGCUUACCACGCAGGGCUGAAGGCGCCUGAGAGAACGCUGGUGCAGAACGAGUGGAUGGAGGAGAAGGUCCCUGUAAUUGUCGCCACAAUUAGUUUCGGGAUGGGAGUGGACAAAGCCAACGUCAGGUUUGUUGCCCACUGGAACAUUGCCAAGUCUAUGGCAGGCUACUACCAGGAGUCUGGCCGGGCAGGCAGGGAUGGGAAGCCCGCCUGGUGCCGUCUCUAUUACUCCAGGAAUGACCGGGACCAAGUCAGCUUCCUGAUCAGGAAAGAAGUAGCAAAACUCCAGGAAAAGAGGGGGAACAAAGCGUCUGAUAAAGCUGCCAUUUCGGCCUUUGAUGCCCUGGUGACCUUCUGUGAAGAAAUGGGGUGCCGCCACGCUGCCAUUGCCAAGUACUUCGGGGAUGCACCCCCCGCCUGCACCAGAGGCUGUGACCACUGCCAGAACCCUGCGGCCGUGCGGAGGCAGCUGGACGCUGUGGAGCGCAGCAGCAGCUGGAGCAGGACCUGCGUUGGACCCCCCCGGGGGAAUGGCUUUGACCCUGAGCUGUACGAGGGAGGCCGCAGGGGCUACGGGGGCUUUAGCAGGUACGAUGAAGGCUCCGGAGGCAGCGGGGACGAGGGCCGAGACGAGGCCCACAAGCGGGAGUGGAGUCUUCUCUAUCAGAAGCAGAUGCAGCUGCGCAAGGGUAAAGACCCCAAGAUAGAAGAAUUCGUACCCCCUGAUGAUAACUGUCCCCUGAAAGAGGCUUCUAGCAGGAAGAUCCCCAAGCUCACUGUGAAGGCCCGUGAGCACUGCCUGCGGCUCUUGCAGGAGGCACUGAGCAGUAACCACCAGGCUGCAGGCGCCACUGAGGGAGCUGACCUCCAGGCCAAGGCCGUGGAGCUGGAACACGAGACGUUCCGGAAUGCUAAGGUGGCCAACCUGUACAAGGCCAGCGUGCUGAGGAAGGUGGCUGAGAUCCACAAAGCCUCCAAGGACGAGCAGCUCUACUCCAGUGUGGUUGGUGGGGCCAAGAGCUGUGGCACCCAGGCUGGACCCCCAGGGCCCAGUGAACACGACACCCUGCCGGCCUCCCAGGUGUACUCGUUCAAAGCCAAGCGAGUGGGAGCUGGCUUCCCCAAAGCCUCCCGCCUGUUCCAGACGGCCACUGAGCUGAUGGAGAGGACGCGGGCCGAGGCACCAGUUCCCCAGCCCGUUCCAGGAGGCCAGCAGGAGCCCCCCGGGCAGCCACACGGCCUCCAGGAUGAGGACAGGACUGAGCCCUUCCCUGACCCCAGAGGAGCAGGCCCUGGAGUGGGUGCCGAGAGUGGGGAGCCCUUGCCCAAGAAGAAGGCCAAAGACCCCUCCAGGGACAGCCCCCCGGCCAAGGCCCGGGCCAAGAGGAAGCAGCAGCUCCUUGCCGAAGCGGCCCACAAGGAUUCUCAGAGCAUCACCCGCUUCUGCCAGAGGGUGGAGAGCCUGUCAGGCCCCCCACCAGCCCCAGGGCAGUGCGCAGGGGAGGACAAUGGAGCCCCGGGGCAUCAGGCCACCCCUCUGCACACGGAGGAGCCCACCACAGGGGGACUGAGUGCCCACCCAUGUGGUGACCAGGGACCCCCGGGAACCCAGCCCACGCCCCCACGGGAGACCCAGAAGGGCAAGCGGCCCAGACCCCAGCAGGAGCACCCAGAGACCCCGGCUCAGAAGAGGCCUUGCCCCUCAGCCAAGCCCUGCGUCUCCACUGAGGCCACAGGCGGUGUCUCAGCCAGGGACCAGGACACCUUGCUCUCCACCGCCCGAGGCCCCUGCCAGCCCCCGGCCACCAGCGUCUCCCUGAAGGAGGCUGCGAGUGUUGUGGUCAAGGGUCUCACCCCGUUCUACAAGCAGGGCAAGUUUGCAUCCAAGGAGCUGUUCAAAGGCUUUGCCCGUCACCUCUCACACCUGCUGACUCAGGAGGCCUCCCCUGGAGGGAGCGUGACAGAAGAGGCCCAGAACCUCAUCAGGCAGUUCUUCCACGGCCGGACCCGGUGUGAGAGUGACGCCGACUGGCAGGGCCUGUGUGGCCCUCGACGAUGACUGACCGUCACCCGGGGCCAGCACACCUUCCUCAGACUCUGCCUUGGGGCCAGCCUCGGCCCCUCAGGGAGGGGAAGGUGGGCAGGCCUGGGGGCGCCACCUUUUCUAAGGGUCCUUCCAGCCACACCUUGCCUUGGGGAUGGCUCCAGGCGCCCCCCAAACCAGGGUCUGGGCCAGGGGCCAGCCCGCCUUUCUCUCUGCCUGUGAAGCCUGGGGUCCUCCCUCUCUCCCAGAGCCUCCUGCUUCACCUGUCCCUCAGGGCUGGUUCUCCGGGUCGGGGCCCCAGGUGACUGCCGCCAGGGCAAGAGGAAGGAGGAGGAGCUGCCGCCUCUCUUGCACUUACGUUUUCAGCCGGGGGUGAGGUGCACCUGCCCAAGGUAUCGGGGCCUGUUCUGGAGAAGCCCCUGCUGGUCUCAGCCCCCCCUUCUGCCCACUGCCCCCUCGAGACACCUGCCUGCAGCCUGGAUCCAGGUGCAGGGCCCACGAGGGGCGGGCAGCCAGGAAGGCCCAGCGGACUGAGGUGUUCGAGACAGGAGUAAAGUUCCAUGUGU